CAUGCAGAUACAAUACUUAUAUAUCACCGGUUACUGUUAGUAACUAUCAGAGAAGCUUAUAGAAGAGUUUUCUUUUAUCAGCGAAAACAAUAAAUAUGGCACUUCAAAACAAGCAAUUUAUUUGAUUUGCCAUUGAGAUCAUAUGGUUGUGCUGUGUACUCUCAUAUACAAAUAUAUAUAUAUGUGAGGUCUUAGCAAAGAGUUGUAACAAAUAUAAUUCAGAAAUUAAUAAGCAAUAAACAAAUAAAGUGCAAUAAAAUUAAAUCAAGUGCCACACUUGAGAAUUUAUCAACAAAGUGUUGGAAAAUUUCAAAGAGGAAGCGCAUAGGUUGAAGUCUAUAAAAGAAACCGACGAUUAUCAUUUCAACUGACUAACCAAACGAAAUGUGUCGCUUGAAACAACUCGCUGUUGCAACGCUGCUUGCAGCUGUGCUCUUCAUACACAACGCGAAAGCUAGCCAGCAGGCAAGGACCUGCUAUGCCUGUGAAGGGAUUAACUGUCAAAGAACGUCGCUUGUCCAAGAGCAGACAUGCUUGAAUGCUUUGGAUUAUUGCGUGACUGUUUUUGAUAAGUUUACCGUUGUGCAAAAGGGUUGCUCACUCGAGGUGCCCAGCGAGUUGCGUCGCCGUUGUGAUGCCAACACUGUCGAAUGCCAUAAAUGCAACACUGAUCGCUGCAACAAUUUGGGUCAACCGAAUUAUCUCUGCUUGCAGUGUGACUCCAGCCAGGAUGCCAAUUGCGCUAGCGCUGUCAACUCCGUAAUGCCAGCACGCUGUCCCUCCCCGACGGCCCAGAACUCCUAUUGCUUUGUGAAGUAUGAUGGCGGUGUCACCACACGUGGCUGUGCCACAAAUCUGGCGGACCAACGCAGCUGUUAUGCGAGUGCCAAUUGCAUGCUUUGCUUACCCGGCGAACUGAAGAGCUGUAAUAGUAUGGACUUUCAGCCCGGUACACGUGCUCUGAGGCUUUAGAAAGUAAUUUAUAUGCGUAUAUUUGAGUGGUUAGGUAAAUUUUUAAAAUUUAGCGGUUUUGAUGUUCAACGUUGUUUCUUUUUUAUCAAUAAAAAAUUUUUUAAAUGUGUGGUUGCAUUUGUC